AUUCCUGCCUAGCAGCCCUAGGAUGAUGCCCAAACAAAUACAUGGGAUUGAGAAGUAUGUCUGUCACUGUGUUCAUAGAAUGAUGUUGAUGUUGAAGAACAUUCGACAUAGAUCUCAGAAUGUAAUACUUUGCCAUCUCAUCAGCCUUCUUCCUCCGGGCAUACUCCCCUUUCUGUUGUUCAGGAGCAUCGGUCGCGGGCUCUACCGGGCAAGCCGCAGUGUUCGCAAACUUAUACCCCUUAGAAGUCAACACAAU